ACUAAGCAUGCUCUUAAAAAUUCCUAUUCUUUAUUAUUUAAUAUUGUCAAAACAUGGCAGCUUUCUUUCACAUGCUUUUCAGUUAGAGGGCUGUGUGAUUAAAAAAAUAUAACGGAAUAAAAUGUUCACGGUGUCCACUGUAUCGUGUACAAUUGCGACAAAACUGAGACAAUGAAACUUCCCUUCACGCGCAUAUUAACGCAGACCUUCCAACUCUCGUCCGAUUCAUUCAAACAGAAUUGUAAAUUCUAUUUCGAUCUGUGGCUUAUGUGGCUUCAGCUAGUGAUACCUGAACAUAUUAGAUGUGGGGGGGGGGGUGGGGGUGUGCUAUAUGGGUGUGCCCAUAGACAUGGGCAUCGAUAAUUCGCAAAGUUGGAAGGUUUGUUAACGGAUUAUUAAUUCAUCUAGUUAUAUGUCUCGCGUUUGGGGUUUGGUGAUUUUUCUUGCUGCUUUCAAAAUAACUUUGUCUUUGACUAAAAAGAAGAUCUUCAUGGGAGCUUUAGUCCUGCCAUACAAUAAUGACGAGCAAGGAUUUCAGGCAGCAAUGGAGUAUGCUACUGAGCUUAUCAACAACCGCAGUGAUAUAUUGAAAGAUUAUGAACUCGUGGUCAGAUAUGCGGAAACGCUUGUAAGUAUUACCCAGUGAAAUUAAUAUAACUGAAACGGUAUAUAUCUUCAGAUAAACUGUCUAUCUAAAAGUAAAGUCUACUACUGUACCAGGAAAUUUUACUAAAUAAAUGAACUAAUAAAAAGCUUUGAGCGCUGUUAAAAAGGAAUGAUAUCACCGAAAUAUUUGUAUAUCUAUAAUUAAUCUUAUCCGAAGCUAAAGACGUAUUUUUCAAGAGUAGGAGUUUAAGUCCAAAACUAUAGUUCUUAUAUUCUAUUGCUAUACACCAAAUAUAUGAGCCAUUCACCCGGCUCUGAUCAGACUAUAAUAGGCUGAAUGCUCUUUUCCUCGCUGGGAGUGUUUGCAUCUAAUUAAAAUAAACUGUCGAGCAUUGUGAUUGGUUGAAAGCACUCGCAGCGAGUUGACUGUUGCGAUGAAUGGCAAAGAGGCUUAAUCAGUGGCGUAGGAAGGGGGGAGGGGGGGGACUGGGGGCACGUGGCCCCCAACUUUCAAAGUGAUAAGAAAAAGUGCCCUUUUUAAAAGGAAAGUGCCCUUUUUUAAUGCCUAACAUUGGUAUGCCCUAUUGCCCAGGGGCGUAUAGGAACGGGGGGCAGCCCCCCAAGUUUUCAAAAGUGCCCUUUUUCUGGGAGCAAAGUGCCCUUUACCUCCGUGAAAAAUGUCGUUUAGAUUGCAUUUUUUGCCCAAUGGCCUUUGAUUUAUGGUUGUACUUUGUUUUUGUAUUUUGGUAUUUCCUGAAAAAUUCUGUUAUAUUCGGGUAAAAUUAUGAUAUGUCCGAAAAAAUUUUGUAAUUUUCGGGAAAAAAUAUGAUAUCUUCGGAAAAAUUGUUGGCACGUCGGGAAAAUUUUUUUCAUUUUCUGAAAAAAUGUGAUAUGUAGGGAAAAUUUUUGGUAGGUGAGGAAAAUUUUUUGAGACGACUUCUUGCCCCCCCCCCGGUCGCCAAUAUUUCCGGGAAAAAAAUUUUAGGUGCCCUUUUCAUUCGAAAAGUGCCACUCGAAGCCUGGGCCCCCCAACUUACUGGGCUUAAUACGGCUUUUUUAAUAACACAGGGGAUGAUCGCGGGACGUGUAAAGAGUGUGGUAUCGAUUUUAUUGUGCUUGUUUGUUUUUUAGGGAUCACCAAUAUACUCAAUUUUAGGCGUGUUCAACUUUUUACAAUGGCCUAAGAAUGAGUCGAUACAAGUUUUGAUUGGGCCAGCCUGGUCAAGAAAUGCCGGGCCUGCUGCUUUGGCAUGUGGAACGUGGCGAGUUUUACAGGUAAUUGUGAUGAAUGUAGGUUCAAGGUUGAUGUUAUGACAACUCUCCCAACAAACAAGCGUUUCAUAAUGCGGAAAUGUUAUUGAUUAUUGUUAUUGUUGCAGAUAUCCUAUGGUGCUACCAGUGUUGAGCUGCAGAAUGAUCAGUAUUAUGGCAUGUUAUUCAGUAACGUCCCAUCAACUGCUUCAUUCAACUAUGCCCGUCUGGCAGUCAUCGAUUAUUUUGGAUGGAAGAGAGUGGCUAUGCUGCAGGAAUAUGAUGAUAAGUUGUAUUCUUCGGUAGGCAACGUAGAAAUUAAAGUGUUUUGAAUGAGUGAGAUCACAGAGUUUAAAUAUGAUAAAACACUCCUACGCGAGUUUUAAAUAGUAUACUUUGACACUUAUAUACUAUAUAACAAAACAUUUACUGAGACCUCUGGAAAGCAGUGUGUUUUGUGGCCCAGCUCAAUCCUCGACCGUCGUUGUUGCCCUCUGUCUCAAACACAUUUUCCUUGGUCUCAGUACGUCAAUAAGUGAUAAGGGACCGGUCAAUAUUUAUGGCGGGGCGUGGCACCGAAGAGAAAAGGGUUGGGUAAACAAAAUUUUGAGUGAGUAAAAGGUUGGGUAAAUGAAAAGCAAAACAACUCAGGGGUUGGGUAAUAAAAAAUUAUUGUCAUUUCCAAAGCAUGAUUCACUGAAAUAUUGGAGACUAAAAAGCAAUGUCAACAGUAGUCAGUCAUAUGUCAACACAAUACCGUAUGUAAAUCAAUCAGAGUGACUAUCUCUUGAUGGGGGGGGGGGGGGGGAGACAAAAUACCUGGAGCCCGGAGUGCCCAGAGGGGCCCGGAAAUCUCGGUAAAAGUGUUUAUCGUCGCUUUAUGUUUGUUCUAAAUGAAAUACGCCUACAGUGAGUUGCACACUAUCCGCUGAUCGUCGUCAUUGAUCGUAAAACGUACCAAAUGUGAAAUAAAGAUUUUUCGAUCGUUUUUUCAGCAAAAACAGUUAGCUGAACAUCGUUCACAUUGCGUUUUUAUCAGUUAUGCGGCGAUUUCUUGCAAGUAUAAUUCGCUGGCAAUUCUCCGUUGAUUGCGAUUAAAAAUAGCCAGCGGGACAGCCGAGAGGGACAGGGCGCCCGUGUUUACCAAUCGUCAUUUUGUCCCGGGGCCCGUGGUUGGCUCUCACCGGCCUUGCCUCUAACUGACCCUUCCAGCGUAGCUGUGCUUCGUGAUCAAGUGAUCAGACAUAAGUGAUAAGGUGGCUGCCAUAGGCGCCCUUUGAAAGCCUUCGACUCGAUGACGUUGUUUUACAAACAUUGGUUCAACAGCAAUCGACAGACGUUGAAUCAACGUUCAUUCAUGGUUAAAUGUACGACGUCGAUUUGUGAACCAAUCUCAACGUUGUUUUAAGGUGGAUUCAACGUUGAAUUAUGGUUGACGAGAUUGGCAACCUAAUUUCAACGUUGUUUCAACGUCGAAACAGUCAGUAACGUCGAUCCAAUUUGCAUAGUCAACCCUUUUUCAACGUCUAUCCAACGUCUGGAAGGUCAUUUCCAACGUUGAUUUAACGUUGAAUAAACGUCAUUUUGCCCGCUGGGUUGCUUAUACUUACUUACGUAUUCUUUUUUCUACAGGCAGUGCAAAACUUUCAAGAUCAAGUAAACAGGUUUGCACCGCACGUCUCAAUCAUCACUUUGGAAGGAUAUCAGAAAGGUUUACGUGGUGAAAGUGGUCACCCAAAAGCAGAACUUGAGAGAUUGCAGGUGAAAAAAUAUUACAGGCAACGUCACCUUAGAACUACAGAAAUAUUAGUAACUUUAUAUUUAAAAUAACUGCGUUAAGAGUCGUUGUUCAAAAUUGUUCGCGUAUAAUGGAAUACAGACAAAGUAUAAAUACUACUUCAAGCAUUCCAUGAGACUUUAACACAACAGUGCCUUUUUUAAGGAAUUUUCACUAGGGGGGCAAAACAGGAAAAAAAGGCAAAACGAAAAAUAUGAGCCGUCGAGGUUUGGCGAACGCGCAAGUCUGAAGAGAGAUUUUGUAAAACUUUAAUUUAUUAACUUCACCUAUAUUCUCCUUUAAACAAUAACUUCAACUCUUUGAAGCUAUAAUCGUAUUAUCGUACAGCUAUAACCCGAUGGCGUAGCCAGACCUUAAUUUUUUGCCGGGGCGAACCUCACGCCCAAGGCGUGAGACCGUCUAGGAGGGUCCAGGGCAUGCACCCCCGGGAAAAUGUUGAAAUCUAGGGUCCCUGAAUUGCGAUUUCAAGCAUUUUGGGGGUGAAAUCUAGCAGAAUUCCGAAGAUUGUAAAGUACAUCGAAGACAUCAAUUUUUCCAGACAUUUCUACUCGGAAUUAACUAAAUUGGAAAAGUCACCUUGAAAAUAGGAGGAGGGGUCAGUGUCACCUUAUUUCCUCUCUGUGAUGCUGGGGGGGGGGGAGAAAAUCCCAAUGUGAUUUUGUUCAGAAAUGUUGCAUUUAAAUCGAUGUAGGUUCUAUAUGAGACACUAUUUCCGCAUUCACAAAAUUGCGUUGCUUUUUCAUACGAUACAGAAUAAAUCUGAGAAGAAGUAUUCAUGCUAUGAUAAUGCAUACAUGUAUUUAACAGUUAAAAAUCUAAACUAAAUCUAUUCUUCUUGGAACCAGCAUUUUAUCGGAUUGUUAAUUUGCAUGAAAUCUAUCGCUAUUAUGAAAUACGCGGUGAAGAACAAUAUGAAUCACACACAAGAUGGCUGUGGAGGAGGCUAUGGAAGGGCAUAAUCUCAUUACCAAGUAAAUCAACUGCAAUUCUGACAGCAAUCAUGAGCAAUUCUGCUUCGCACUUCGGAGGCAGAAAUGGCUUUACUGGGGGGGGAAUUCUUUCCCUGGGGGGGGGCAAUUGCCCCCCAGAUAUAUAGUUAAAAAAGGCACUGUAACACAACACAAUGGCAAAUGGAGGUCAAAAAAUGAUAUUCAAGUCAGAUUCUUUUGUUUAACCGCUAAUUCCAUGUGCAACGAAAUUGAGCACGGUGAAAGUCACUUACAAGUUUAUUAAUUUGACUUGUUGUAAGGGCAAAAUACAAAAUAAUAACAGAAUAAUCAUAUGUAUGUCAUAUACAUGAUGUUGCAGAUUAAGGCCUGUUUCAAACGUCGCGCUUCUCAUGUGCCGAACGCAUUAAAAACAAUAGAACUGAAAUGCCUCAUCUAUUGUUUCUAAUGCGUUCGGCACAUGAGAAGCGCGCCGUUUGAAACAGGCCUUAGACAAUAACUAUGCAAUAUACUUGGAUGUUAAAUACGAUCUUCAAUACUUAUUUUCUUAUCUUUUAUAUGUUCUUAUAGAAACUUGAUGCUCGAAUUAUAAUUGGAGAGUUUUCUAUAUAUAGUGCUGCUGAGGUGUUCUGCGAGGUAUAUUCCAGGAAUUUUGUCCAUCUCAUUCACGAUUUGUGAAAUAAUAAAAGCACAACUUAGGGGAAACCUAAAUUCCUAUGUUAAAUGCUCAAAAACUUAACAAAAUAGGUAAAGCAAGGAGUAGUAAUAAGGGUUAUAACGACUCUCAUGCGGUUACGGUACCUCUCAGAUAGAAUUGUCACUGCAUGCGCGCUGAAGUUGCGUGACUUCUGAAUCCUUGAUUUUAAAAACAUGAUUUUAAUAUCAGAAUUUUCGCCCUGAAAUCGGCGAUAACAGAGGAUUUAAAUCUAUUGCAUGCACGUGACCAACUAAACGUUUUUGUUUGGUUAUUUGCUCAUAAAUUAUUAAUCAGUUUGAGAAUCAUGAAGACAUUUUUUGUCGCCAAGACCUCAUUAAUUAAUUAAACAUUCUUGGGGAUAUUUUCCUCAGGCUUACAAACUUGGAAUGUAUGGACCAAAAUAUGUUUGGCUUUUGGCUGCUACUUCAUCGGGUGGUUGGAUUUUCAGUCCUGAGACAUUUUCAAGACAGCAUAAGAAACUUGGUUGUGAUCACAGUCAAGUAGUCGAGGCUGCUGGAGGCUUCCUGGUCAUUGCCAACGUUGAGAUUCGGCAAGAUAACAAAACAACAGUUUCUGGAUUG